AAUUAUUCUAGAGGGCUGAUCUAGCAUGUGUAUGUGGACGUAGAUGUGGAUGGAGGGGAGUAAAGGAAGAUUGCAAAAAUAUGAGCCCUCCGGCCAUAUAAAAAGAAAGAGAUGUAGUGCCUCCCUCCUUCUUUUCCCUCUUUCUCUUCAUCCUCACCACACCUCGACAAAGACAGGACAAGACAGGACAAGACAUCGAACCAAGAAAGAUAAAAAAAGGAACGAAAUAACCUGCCAUGCCAUACACCAACAUCGUAUUCAACGCCGCCUACUGGAAGUCAUUCACCCAGCGGGCCAAAUUCACCGCGGAGGAUAUCCCAGACCUCACAGGAAAAGUUGCCAUUGUCACCGGCGCCAACUCUGGACUCGGAUACGCCACCACCGUUGCCCUCGCUUCCCAUGGCGCCCACGUCUUCCUUGCCUGCAGAUCUCAGGGGAAGGCUUUGCAGGCCAUCGAGCAAGCGAAGGUCGAUGUCAAGAAAAAGAAUCCGUUGUUCAAGGGAGAGGCCAAGCUCGAUUUUUUGGCAUUGGAUCUGAACGAUAUGAAGCAGUGUCAUCAUGCUGCUCAGCAGUUCUUGGCUAGGGGAUUGCCUCUGCACAUCUUGGUCAAUAACGGAGGAAUCAUGACGAGUCCGUUUGCGCUGAGUGAUAACGGAAUCGAGCAGCAAUUUGCGGUCAACCACAUGGGCCACUUUGUGUUCACGAUGACUCUGCUAGACCGGAUCAAGGAGUCUCAGCCUUCACGUAUCGUCAUGCUCAGCUCAAUCGGCCACGAAAUGACCACCAAAGGCGGCAUCGAUUUCGAUACCCUCAACGACGAGAGCAAGUCCAGCCCCACAUCACGCUACGGACGCAGCAAGCUCGCAAACUUGCUCUGCGGCAAGGCUCUGGCCCGUCGUUUGGCGAAUGAGAAAGUUUAUGUAAACAUGCCUCAUCCUGGAUUUGUGUACACGGAUCUUGCACGCAACAACAAGGCUUCGCUGGGCACCGUAGCAGCGGGAGUAUAUGAUAUGGCAGGAAAGAUGUGUGCGGCCACACCGGAGAUCGGAGCCCUGAACCAGUUGUAUUGUGCAACGAGCCCAGAGAUCGAAGAGAACGAUUUGAGGGGACGGUACUUUGUGCCUGUCGGAAAUGACUGUCGACCUAGUCACUAUGCUCUGGAUGAGGAACUGCAAGAAAAGCUGUGGGCCUUCUCUGAGAAGUUGAUGCAUGAGCAUGUCCGGGAGCCUUAAUUGAAGCCACAGUGCCUGACAUCUUCUUGUCCGUAUUCUCUCGUAUUCUCGUCAUUUCUUUCAAUAUAUCAAUUUGUAUCGCGUCUGCUCAAUUGUUGAGACAGUUUGUGUGCGCUCAAUUCUCGAGACAAUUGUUGGUCGAAUCGCUUG